AACGAACUCCUCACCGCCGCUGAAGUUGCCUCUUCAAGUCACUUCCUCGACUCAAGAGCAGCGCGCAUGCGCAAUCAGCCUACUGGACGGUGACGUCACUGCGCCACGCACGUAACCCAGGAGGUGCGCAACAGAAAUACGUGUUUCCGCUGACCUGUGCAGUGCAGAACUAUGCAUGGGGAAAAGUGGGGCUGGACAGCGAAGUAGCCAAACUGGUGCUUGGCGGAGACCCGCUGGCUGUCAUCGAGGACGGCAAACCUUAUGCAGAGAAGGGGACAUGCUUCUGAGUUCAACCCCACACAAGACGUUUCCAAAGUGCAUGAGUCAGCGCAACCUGAGCGUGAUCGUGUCAUCGUCAUUUCUGCCUACUCCAGCUGUGGAUGGGCACCCACCCAAAAGGUGACGCCCAUAUCAAAGACAACAGGAUCGCGCAGACCACGCUGGGCCAGUGGAUUGCCCACUUCCCAGCAUGUCUGGGCUCCAAGGUCAAGGACACCUUUCAGGGGCAGCUGCCCUUCCUCUUCAAAGUCCUCUCGGUGAACACCGCCUUGUCCAUACAGGCUCACCCCAACAGGGAGUUAGCUGCCCGUCUCCACGCUCAGUUUCCAGAGCACUACCCAGACAACAACCACAAGCCAGAGAUGGCCAUCGCGCUCACACACUUCCAGGGUCUUUGCGGCUUCCGGCAAGUGGAGGAGAUCCUCGGAUUCCUUAAGUGCGUGCCGGAGUUCCGCGCCCUGGUGGGCAACAAAGCGGCUGAGGAGCUGCAGUGCAGCGCGGGUGACGCGGUCCGCGCCAAGCACGCAUUGAAGAAGUGCUUCACGAGGAUGAUGAACUGUGAGAAGAAAGUGUUUGUGGAUCAACUCAACAUGCUUGUCAAGAGAGUCACUGAAGAAGGUGCGGCAGGCAAGGACACGGGAAGCAGCAACGGCGAGCUGCUGCUCCGCCUCCAUUCCCAGUACCCCGGAGACAUCGGCUGCUUCUCCAUCUACUUCCUCAAUCAUGUGCUCUUGGAUCCCAACCAGGCCAUGUUCCUUGGAGCUAAUGAACCUCAUGCUUACCUGUACGGAGAUUGUAUCGAGUGCAUGGCCUGCUCCGACAACACGGUGAGAGCCGGCCUGACCCCGAAGUACAUCGACGUCAACACGCUUUGCGAGAUGCUCAAUUACAGCCCGGCCCCUUCUGCCGCCAAGAUUUUCCCGCCGGUUCAGGACGGCUCGGACCCUUGCGUUACCGUCUAUGACCCCCCGGUGCCGGACUUCACCGUUAUGAGGAUACAGGUGCCCGCCUCCGUGAAGCAGUACACAGUGGCACCCGUCGACAGCGCCAGCAUCCUUCUGGUCAUCGAAGGCGACGCCACCGCCACCUCGGCCGCCGCGCUGUCCGACGUCAGCCUGAGGCGCGGAAGCGUUUUGUUUGUGUCGGCCAACGAGAGUGUGCUGCUGCACGUGGCCUCGCCGUCGGGCGUGACCAUGUUUCGGGCCUGCUGCCUAUUGUAGUUGUGAGUCGAGCGUGUGUGUUGUGAUUUUAGACUCAGACGUCAGCGACGUUAAGCGGUGCAAAUACAUUUACUUUUGUUAGGUGCUUAAAUGAAGAAAAAACAUGGAAAACAACCACUUACACAAUGUUGCAAUCACUUGACCCUGACAGCUAACAUUUACACCGGGGGUGUCCAGACUACAGUCCGGGGGCCACUUGUGGCAACACGUAAAAAUUGCACCCAUGGGUGCGAUGCCCCUGAUAACUCUUACGACUACGACUAAAUAUAUUAUAAUCAGAGGUGGGUAGUAAUGCGUUACAUUUACUCAAAGUAACAUUGGAUAAAUUUGACUUGUCAGAGUAGUUUGAAUUCACCAUACUUUUUACUGUUACUUGAGUAUUCAUGUUAAGAAGAAACAAUACUUUUACUCCAUUGCAAUGAUCGACAUGCCGGUUGCUAAUUUAUCCAUUAUUGCGUGCGCAAUGUAUUUUUAGACUUCAUCUUCGACUCCCGCAUAGGGCGCCGUUGCGCCAAUCCAAAGUGAUCACUAGUGUCAUUUGACACUAAUUGCAGAUGUUUCUAUUGUUGUUAUGGCAGUGCAUAUGGCAACAUUAACCAUAUUUUAUAUAGGUUAUAAGUCACUGCAAAACAUGUUCGUUGCGUAUACAUGCCGUGAUGUUAUCGCUCUCUUGCGCGCGCACACACACACACAGACUAUCAAUAACUCUGUUCAGCAAACAGCUGGUUCAUUCAGUCAUUUCAGUGAAUAGAGCAAAUAAUGUUUCUGUAGGGCCGAAUGCAUGUGGUGUUCGUUUUUGGCUGCUUAAAAAAAUUCAAUAAUGGCAGGUGUGUGUGGACUCCUUUAUUAUUAUUUUUUUUAAUUUUACGUUCAUGCUGUGAUUUUUUUUUUUAAAAUAUGUAUAUAUAAGUAAGAUGUUACUCACCAGUUACUCUUUACUUUAGUGGUUUUUAUACUGAAUCUUAAGUAAAUAUUUUGAUGACUACGUUUUACUUUUACUUGAGUUAUAUUACCCUAAAGUAACUACUCUUACUUGAGUUUAGUCAAACGUACUCGUCUACCCACCUUUGAUUAUAAUAUAUAACAUACAUAUUAUAUCAGUGGGUCUAGGACUUGUUACACCAAGUACUACCUCAAAAAUGUACCACCCUAAUGAUCAACAAAAUACAGUAGCAUAGUCGGCCUGAGUGUUAACAUUAAAAUAUAGUAGCAAAGUCGGCCUGAGUGUUUAUCAAAACCAAGACCGGGGUUUUAAGUCCUAAAAAGUACAUUUAUUUUUAUCAGCUACUGUAAAAUUAUGCCAAGUUUGAACAUUUAACACUACGCUUACAUAUAGGAAAAUAAAAAAACUGCCCUUAAUGGUUAAAAUGUUUUGGACAUAAAAAUUAUAUAAAGUUUGUCUGUAGUAAAUAUUUAAAAACAAAGAGUUCUUAAGGAUUAAGUGCAAAUGUGGUUAAAAGUUAAAUACAACUGAACUGUACUUAACAAAUGUACUUUACUGGAUUAAAGAAAAGAAUCAAGCCAAUGUUACAAUAUGCACAGUUUGAACUUUUGAUUCCAUUUUUCUUUAGCCAGCCCUUGAAGGAAAAAGUUUGGAUACCCCCUGAUUUACACGGUUAAAAUGUAGGUGGAAAAAAAGUGUUGCAAUCUACUUUGUCAGACUCUGGGCUGAUGAAGAUCACCGGGUAGCACCUGAACGGUGAAAAUAUGUUUCAUGAAGCAUAUAUGUUCUCACCAUUCAUCCAUCACAGUGCGGUGAAAAGCACAGUUAAAUGUCUUAUGGACCUCUAGAUUUUUACGUCACGUCAAACAGGGUUGAUUCAUUUAUUUGGAUAGGAAAACUUUUGGUUCUUUGGAUUUUCGCUACAUGUUGACACUGAAGGGAAACGUCUUUGUCAUGGGAACACAACUUGGAAACAGCGAAGCAUGUUCUUAAAAAAUGGAAACUGCUAGUUCUGUAGCUAGUGGAGAAUACAAACGUGUUUACAACAUACAGACUGAGGCGUAAUGCUGAAACGUUGACAUCAGUGCUGAGUGGCCAAUAUUAUAUACCCGAGGGGAAAACGUGGAAACAUUUAUGUUGGUGCGGAAUGCCAUAAGACUGCAACACACGGGUGCAUAAUAAGGAAACAGAAUGUGGCGUGAUGCUGAAAGGUGUUUAAACGUAAAGAAUGCCGUAUCAUUUGAACGAGUUCAGAACACAGAAAUAUUUACAGUGGCGCAGAAUGAAAAAAUGUGUUCAGAAAGCAGGAUAAUGCUGAAACUUGCUCAUAUCAAUGCAGAAAAGUGUUCACACUAGUGGACAAUGUGAAUACAGCAUACUGCACCAAUGAGAACAUAUUUACACAGGUGUAGAGUUAGGAAAUGUGCAAUAAUGCUGAAACAUGUUCACACUGGUGAAAAAUGCUGAUCCAUAUUUACUAUGGGGCAGAAACAAGUUCAGAAUGUGGCAUGAUGCUGAAACUCAAUCACUGGUUCAGAAUGAUAAAACAUUUACAUGAGUACAGAAUUAUGCUUGAACAUAUUUGCAUUAUAUGAAUAAUAAUUAUGAUGUUAUGUAUACUGCGUAAACAUUUAAAUUUGGCCUAAACGUGCCCACAUUGACAUUGCUGCACAACGUGGAGACGUGCAGAAUAGGGAUCGAUGCUGAAACACUGGUGAAGAAUCCUGAAAGGGAUUUACACUGGUGCAGAAUUGUGAAACAUAUUUCCACUGGUACAGGAAAUGCUGAAACAUGCAGAAUGCGUAAAAAAAAAUAUUUACAGUAGCGUAGAAUGCAGAACAUGUUGGAAAUGUGGCAUCGUGCUUAAAUAUUGUAAUACUGAUGACGAAUGGAGAAACGUGUGCAUGAAAAAUGUGGAAAUAUUUAUUGUAGGGCAAACUGCAGGGACACCGUUGUGGGGUAGAGAUAUGUGAAGAUUCAACAUUUUGUACAUGCUGUGAACCGAAAGUUGUGCCGUGUAUACGUUCCCUUUUGGCUCAUAUAAGCUUGUUAGUCUAUAAGGAAUUUUUGAAAUGCCUGCUGCAUAUCUCUUAAGUGUACAUGUAUUGAUAACUGUGCGGAGAAUUGACUACUGCUUGUUACCCAACUUCCUCUCCCAUAUCAUCUUAUCCAGUGGAACCUCUGAAGUGGAACGCAAAGCUGGUUGACUUCCAAGUUGUCCUCAUUUCAGAUCUAUUAGUAUACAAUAGUAUACAAUAGUUACAAUGCAUUGUAAUGCCCCCAAAUAUAUUUGAUAGUCGCAGCUGUGAUUUUAACACUUAACUAAGAAAAGUGUAAAUAAUUGUAAUAAUACAACUAUAACAAAGUAAAAUGACUCACCUUUGAAGUAGUAUAAAUAGGGUUUGGCAAGCUUCCCUGGUCAUUUUUUAGCAGUUCCAGUUCAAUGGUUGUCAUCACACACUUCCUCUUUGGAGGUUCCAUUGUAUUUACUGUAUAUAAAAAAGAAAGAACAAAUUAAAUCCCGGAAAUGUUUGCUUCUGUAGAAAAAUCUCACAAAGCAAAAAAAUAAUUCAAGUUAAUGAAGUUCAGUUACAAAAUGCCGCAUCAACUUUUAUAAUAUAGCUAAGUUUUUAAAAUUUUGUAUAUUUUGUCCUUGUCAAAACAUGCAAACAAGAGAUGGACUUGAUGUAUUCUUUAGUUGUUGUUUUUCUGGGGAUCAUUCUAAUAAUUCUGUAAUAUUUCCUUUGUUACCUACAGCCAAGAAGUGCACUUUGUUCCAACCAGCUGGAAGUUAUUACUUCACUUCCAUUUGUGAUGAUGAUGUUGGUUUUGAUCAUCCAUCCACUAUCUGAGCCGCUUAUCCUCACAAGGGUCGCGGGAGCGCUGGAGCCUAUCCCAGCUAUCAUUGGUGUAAUAUUUGACAUGCUCCUAUCCUGUCAUUUGAAAUAUUUCUGUUUGAAUAGCAAAGAUUUUUGUCAACUUAAAGUUUCUGCCUUUUUUCCCCCCUCAACUUUUCAUUCGGUCACGUGUUUGUUGCCAAUCUAAUUUGCACUUUACGCACACAAAGGUGAUUUUUAAUUAUCAUUCUAUGAAAGCCUUGUUGUUGUAGACGUUCAUUCCUCAAUAUUUGUGAGCAUUUUGGAGCAAGCCCUUGGUGUAGCAUGGGUACUGCAAAAAAUGUGAACGUCAGUGGUUCAAUAAAAGCUUUGUGCUGUUA